AUGUGUCCAAUAUUCAACGGCAAGGAUGUGCAGCAACGACGCGAUAUCGUGGCAAAGAAGCGCUGCUGCUGGAAUUGCCUAAGCAAUACGCAUCUAGCGAAGGACUGCAAGUCGGAUCGGUCCUGUCGCACGUGUGGGGAGCGUCAUCAUUCUCUGCUACACAUUUCUUCGACGAUAUCGAUGGGAGUGAACUCGGAAGACGAAACGGUGUUCCUUGAGACGGCGGUGCUACAUCUCGUCGAUGACUACGGAACAAGGCACGAGGCGAGAGCGCUUCUCGAUUCCGGAUCGAUGUCUAACUUCAUCUCGGAAGCGUUCGCUCGGAAAUUAAUGGCCUCUCGGUCUAAGGUCAACGUUUCCAUCUCUGGCAUCGGUAUGGCGUCGCAGUUGGUGAACGGGUCGAUUGUGGCAACCGUCCAGUCGAAGAUACAACCAUUCGCGACUCAAAUGGAAUUCCUGAUCCUGAAUAACCCAUCGGCGGACAUCCCAACGACUCCCACUGACGUGUCUUCCUGGAGGAUGCCGGUAGAUGCAGUUUUGGCGGAUCCAUCGUUCUACAUCCCAGGCAGAAUUGACAUAGUCAUCGGGGGAGAUGCGUUCUGGGAAAUUCAUUCCGGAAGGAAACGGUCGCUUGGCAAGGGACGUCCGUGGCUGGUCGAGACUCCCUUCGGUUGGGUCGUCGCGGGUAACACUGCCCAAGCUGCUAAGGAGGUUCCACGAAUUUGCCAUGUGGCUACGUCAAACACCCCACUGGAAGUGAUCCUGAACCGGUUCUGGGAAUGCGAAACCCUUCCCAACGAAGCAACGUUUUCGGCCGAGGAGGACCCCUGCGAGAAACAUUACGUUUCUACGACGACUCGGGACGCUGCGGGAAGGUAUGUGGUUAGUUUACCGUUUAACUCGAAUGCCAAUACAAUUUUAGGAGCUUCCAAGGAGAUCGCCGAUCGCCGGUGGGCGGGAAUGGAACGUCGGCUGAAUUCCAACCCGCAAAUGAAAGAGGCAUACAUCAAGUUUAUGAAGGACUACGAGCGUUUGGGGCACAUGAAGAAACUUAGCGAACCCGUUGAUGAUUCAGUUCCGCAUUACUAUCUGCCGCAUCAUGCAGUAGUAAAGGAGACCAGUAUGACCACUAAGGUUAGGGUUGUCUUUGAUGCAUCCUGCAAGACAACUUCCGGGUUUUCACUAAACGACACUUUGCUCAUCGGUCCGGUAGUACAGCAAGAUCUGCUUUCGAUUGUCAUGCGUUUUCGGGCUCAUGCGAUAGCAAUUACUGCAGACGUGGAGAAAAUGUAUCGUCAAUUCCUUCAUCACGCCCAAGACAAGAAUUUUCUUCGCAUUCGGUACAGAGAAAAUUCCGCAGAACCCAUAAGCACCUACGAACUACAAACGGUUACCUACGGCACGGCAUCGGCACCAUUCUUAGCUACACGAACUCUGAAGCAGAUUGCAAACGAUCAUGGGGAGCAAUAUCCACGCGCAGUUAGCCCUGUCCUGUACGAUUUCUACGUGGAUGACCUACUAACCGGUGCUGACGAUCAAACAGAUGCAAUCGAAGUA